AUGGGAUCUGAACUAGCAGAGCUGAAGGAGCAGGUGGCUCUCCUCCGAAAUGAGGUUUCGCGCAUCUCAGACGAAGCUGAAGUGCGAAAGACUCACUUCAAAUAUGGCUACUAUCUUGAUAAGUGCCUAUAUAAUGAGGUUGUGGAUAUGUACGCGGAUCAUCCAGAUACUUAUGUGGAAUUCCUUGGGUCACGAUAUAGAGGAAAAGAAGGCGUUAAAAGACUCUACAAUGGUCGUUUUCAACAGAGCUUCGUUAAUGGACGUAACGGCCCAGUCCGCGGUUUUCUGCUGGACCACAUUAUGAUGCAAGAUAUUGUCGAUGUCGACCCUAGCGGAACACAUGCCUGGUGCAGAAUGCGCGCUCUGAUGCAGGCCGGAACGCAUAAAUCCGUCAAGGAGACUCAUCCACGCGGACACGUUCAAUGGUGGGAAGGUGGCCUAUAUGAGAACGAGUAUAUCAAAGAGAACGGUGUCUGGAAGUUAUUCCGAUAUCGAUACUUCCCAUUUUGGCAUGCUGAACAUGAGAAGGGCUGGUCUCUAACCAAGGAAAACUACAUCCCAUGGCCCAGCAAGACUUACCCCGAGGAUCCCUUAGGUCCUGACGAGAUCAUCGAGCAGAAGAUGCUCUGGCCUGACACGCGCGUGGUGCCCUUCCACUACCCGCAUCCGGUGACGGGAAAGAAGAUCGAGGACGACGAUCUUCGCGCGCCGCACUUUGGUAAGGAUGCAAGCACGUCCGAGGCACCGCUCACUCUAGCACUGCCGGAGGGGCAGACUCGGCCUGGAGCGGGGAAGACCUGGACGAGCGAGGGCUCGGUGAGGGUUCUGCCUGAUCUAGUUCAGAAUGUGUAG